CAGAGAAUUGAGCUUCCCUAUAUAGCUCUAUCGGCGAUCCAUUCCAAAUUUCUAUACGGACCUUAUCGCCGGCCGUUUUAGAGGAACAAAAAGGCUGAAAACACCCGGGAGGAUAAAGAAUCUGAUCGUCGUUGGGGUUGCAUCGGCGAUGGGGCGGGCAGGAAUGGCGUUGAGCCCGUCGGCGCUCGUGGCGUUCCAACUCAAAGACGCCAUAAGCUGGUGGGACCGCGUCAAUGAGUCUCCUCUCUGGCAAGACCGUAUUUUCCACAUUCUCGCUAUUCUCUACGGAAUUGUCGCCGCCGUUGCUCUUGUACAACUAGUUCGUAUUCAGAUGAGAGUACCCGAGUAUGGUUGGACCACUCAGAAAGUCUUCCAUUUUCUUAAUUUCUUGGUGAAUGGGGUUCGUUCUUUGGUCUUCGCUUUCCGUCGGAACAUACAAAAGUUCCAUCCCGAGAUAAUGCAACAUGUUUUGCUGGAUAUGCCAAGUCUUGCCUUCUUCACAACCUAUGCAUUGUUGGUGUUGUUCUGGGCUGAAAUAUACUACCAGGCACGAACUGUACCUACUGACGGACUCAGGCCUACUUUUUUCACAAUUAAUGGUGUCGUUUAUGCCAUCCAGGUGCUCUUGUGGUUAAUUUUAUGGUGGAAGCCUGCUCCGCUUUUGGUCAUUUUGUCUAAGAUGUUCUUUGCAGGCGUUUCCUUAUUUGCGGCCCUGGGGUUUUUACUUUAUGGUGGAAGGCUUUUUCUGAUGUUGCAGCGGUUCCCUGUGGAAUCAAAAGGAAGACAAAAGAAGCUACAGGAGGUUGGCUAUGUAACUACGAUUUGCUUUUCAUGCUUCCUCAUUAGAUGCAUAAUGACUUGCUUUGAUGCAUUUGAUGAAGCAGCGGAUCUAGAUGUUUUAGAUCACCCAAUUUUAAAUUUAGCAUACUACCUGUUGGUGGAGAUACUACCGUCUUCCCUUGUGCUUUUCAUUUUGAGAAAGUUGCCUCCAAAGCGCGGAAUUACACAGUACCAUCUGAUUCGCUGACAGACACGGUGGUGUGAUGUGAUGAUGAAUGACUGGACCGGACCUUAGUAUAAUGAUGAUGGGUGCCCGUUUUACUUGGAAUGGACUUGGCCUUUUAUGAUGCCGGUCUUACUUGGAAUGGAUGGACGGGAUGAUGGGUUUAGAAGAGAAAAUAUAUAUAUAUUAGGGAACACUAUGUCCUAAAGAUAUGGCAAACUGUAGAGGAUCCAUUUCAUGCUGUAGUUUUCGUUUUUAGUUUGUAUCUGUUCAAUACCUCAUCCCCAUGGGGAAGAGACAAGGAGAGGAAGAUAUGUACUCUCGUUGCUUUAGCUGCUGCGCGUCUUCACCACCACGUUUGUAUAGUGGCUUUAUAUUCUUUUCACUCUUCACGUUUGGAUACAACCGACCUCUUAUGGUUUUGCUAAUUCUUCAUUCCAUAAAAGUUUUCCCCGUUGAUCUCAGCUAUAAAUAAAUAUGAUGAUAGUAUUGAGGAGGC